AUGGAUAAAGUUGCGAUAAAUCCAGUAAAUCAGCUGGAAUACGUGAAGGAGGUCGUAUCGCAAAAGAACGAUCAAAAUGAAAUCAUUUCGACUCAGGAAAACAGAAUAGAGAAGGAUGUGGAAGAAAUAAUGAAUUCAGAGAGUAUGACUACUACAGAACUAACUAAAAGCACCACAGAACAAAUUGUCCACAAACAGAAGACUCAUCAAAAGCCACCAGAGCAUCUUAGACCGUUUUAUUUCAACAAAUUUCCAGGUCAAAUUCACCUGGUUAUUGAGGAAAUUAGAAAGAUCAAUGUGAAUAAGUUUGGAGACGAAUUCUUCAUUCUAAGGGUGGAAUAUCCUGACGGAUACGUGGAAUCACCAGAAUACAGCGUAGAAAAGACGGUUACGACUGGAUUUCACCUAAAAAUACCAAUUGCAGAGAACAGUAAGACCAAGAUCAGAGUAUUGGUAUUGCAGAGCAAGAAGAGGAAGCAAGUGGCUACAUCAGAAAUCAUCAUUGAUAACUCGCUAAUCAAAUCAGUUCACAAUAGACUGGCUGAGAUGAAGAGGAUAUUCAGAAAGGUAGGAGGAUUCUUUGAUAUUUUCAGUAAUGAUACAAGACCUGUUGCAAAUGAGUGUCGCAUAUUCAUUUCAUACCUGGCAGUAGAUGAAAUCCCUACAAUCAACUCCAUUGCGCCUCACUCUCUGCUUACUCUUUCAAAGUGGCUUGUUGCCAGGAAGUACGCCUACGAUCUGCUCUUUAGUGGAUUUGUGAAUGUGAAAGGAGACAUAAAUGACACGACCAAAUUCCUAUGGAAGCACAGGUACAUCAAGUGGUAUGGAUACACGCUGUACAUAUUCAAUGACAAGACCAAGAAGCUGGUUAGUACAAUCAACGUAACUGAUGCAGCAGUAAACACGUCAGGCAUCAAGAAAGGAAACGUGGUAUUCUACAUGAAACGAGAGAAGCUUGAAAUACACUCAGAUUCUAAAGAGAACCUAAAGAACAUUAAGAGUGUAACAGGGGUGCUCUUUCCAGCCAGUAAGCUAUGUAAUAAUGAAUGA